AUGACAAUCAUUGAUAGCUCCUUGGCCAGCACCUUACAAUUACAGUUUCACAAAACCGCAGAUAUACCAGUUGCCGGCAUCGGUUCAAAUCACAUAUCUUCUACAUAUAUCAAUCUUCCAAUUUUCUUCUUCGGCGACCACAACGUCGCCCGGCUGAACGCCGAAGCACAUGUAGUCGACAACCUGGCAGCGAAACUGCUCCUAGGAAUGGACGUUAUGGCCCACGAAGGAUUUCGUCUAGACCUGGAUACCCGGACGGUGCGAAUUGCAUCGUGCAUGGGGUUCACCUUCUCCGCCAACGUCCACAGUAGACUCCAUCAUCAGGACUGUCGCAGUGUGAAGGCGGCAGUGCACACAAUCCUUCCCCCGCGUUCGACAACCCCAGUACAAACCCUAACCGCGACACUACCAGCCGAUCGCGACUACAUCUUCCAAGGCCAACACCCUCACGCGAGCUUCUAUUCACACAUAGUCGACGCCAACAUGUCAUGGGUGCUAGCCGUCAAUGACACCAACACGUCAAUACAGGUACCCAAAGGCAGUACAAUCGGCACUUUGACGGAAGUCGACCAACAACCACAAACGGCAGCUUACGCCGUCUCCCCGCACGGAGCCGAAUUAGGCAGAUCCGUUCCAACGAAACCGAUCUACUACGACGGCCUCAAGCACGCCCAACACGAGAACGUCCUGCCAAAUGGCAUCACGAUUUUUGCCUGCAAAUCCAUGGUUAAUAAACUGGCCGACGUCGUCAACGUAUACGACGUCUGGGGUCAGGCGAUGACACAGGCUUGGUAA